AUGUUCCGUUUUAUCAAUAAAUUGCGACACCGUGCCAAGGCUAAUGACACUUCAACACUUUCACCGCAAGAGUUGCAUAACGCCUUACUUUGCGUAAUUUGGAACAUACAACAAAAACAUUUUGCUAAUGACAUUCAUCUUUUACAGAAAGAGCGUACGACAAAUGGCCCUCUGCGUUACUUAAACCCUUUUCUUGAAUACACCGAAGAAUUUCAAAUACUAAAGGUUGGUGGUCGACUAGAAACAGCAGAUAUUCGAGAAGAAAGAAAGCACCCAAUGCUUUUACCUAACAAAUGCGACUUCGCUAUAUACUACGUUCGCCAUCUUCAUCAAAGGAACUACCACGCGGGACCCAAGGCACUCGUAUCACUCACAAGACUCCAGUGUUGGGUAGUAAACGCGCGCGAAGUAGCAAGGCGCAUCUUCAGGUCGUGCAUACACUGUGUACGCUACAAGCCAAAGCUGAUGAACCAAGUAAUGGGGCAGUUACCGGUCGAGCGUUUGACUCCAUCUCGUCCUUUUGCACGCUGCGGUAUUGACUUCUGCGGACCAUCCAACGUCUAUUUGCGUAUUCGUGGCAAGACACCCUAUAAGGCGUACAUUGCCAUCUUCAUCUGUCUAGCAACAAAGGCAGUCCAUAUCGAACUUGUAUCGGAUCUAUCUACGGAUGCAUUCUUGUCGUCACUAAAGCGGAUGAUCGGAAGAAGAGGGCUUCCGUCUGACAUCUUUUGCGAUAACGCAACAAAUUUCGUUGGUGCUUGCAACAAACUCGCUGAACUAAAAGCACCUCAUUUCGGCGGUAUUUGGGAAGCAGCAGUUAAAUCGGCCAAGGGUCACCUUAAUCGCAGCAUAAGAAACGCAAGACUUUCAUUUGAGGAGCUGACGACGGUCCUGGUUGAAAUAGAAGCAGUCAUGAAUUCUCGCCCUAUAGCACCAUUGUCAUCCGACCCCAAUGAUUAUGAAGCGCUAACUCCGGGGCAUUUUAUCAUUGGCAGUGUACUAAAGGCCCUCCCGGAGCGCCAGUUGUCGACAAAUAUUAGCAGCUUACAAAGGUGGAAUCAAAUUGCUGGCAUUAAGGAGGCGUUUUGGAACCGGUGGUCACACGAAUACAUAAACGAGCUUCAAGCGCGGUCGAAGUGGUUUGCUGAGCGUCCAAAUAUCGACAAUAAUUCAAGGGUUAUUAUCCAGGAAGACAAUUUACCACCACAAAAAUGGCAUCUUGGAAGAAUUAUCAACUGCAUUCCAGGAAAGGACUCCAAAACUCGUGUGGUUGAUAUUCGGACAUCGAAGGGAUGCAUUCGGCGCCCAGUUCACAAGUUAGCACCUCUACCGGUUUGAAAUGUCUUUCAACGGGGCCGGGAUGUUGGGUCACCGAUUGACAACCGCUGCAUUUUUUGAACAUAUGUUUUUUAUUUACUUUAACAUCUACUUAA